AUGCGGUGCUGGGUUUACGCAGUUCAGACGGGAGCAUGGGACGCUUUAGAUAACUAUGGAGCAGACCCGACCAAAGUGUCCGUCAGUGGGGUGUCAUCAGGGGCCAACAUGGCGGUCCAGCUCCACGUGGCAUACUCAUCUAGCAUCAUGGGUGUUGGUGCAGUGGCAGGAGGACCGUAUUACUGUGCGCAGGGGAGUUCUAAUAAAGCAUUCUAUGGGGAAUGUUCCACAAUCGGGAAUGGUAAUAACAUUGAUGUCCAGGACCUCAUCGAUGACACCGAUGCUUACGCCGCCAACGGCAAGGUGGACGCAACAUCCAAUAUGGCGUCCGCUCGCGUCUAUAUUUUCAGCGGUACUGAAGAUACUAUCGUACCAACCGCCGUUGUUAAAAAGCUCAAGAAUUACUACGACCACUACGUCAACAGUGCCAGUGAUAUUAUGACAAAGUACGACCUACCAGCUGGACACGGAUUAAACCUCCUCUGGUUUACUUGCACAAUGAUGUCAUGGAUAACGUGCAGUGACGUUGCUUUUCUUAUCUGUACUUUGAUUGGUCCGAGCAUCACCACUGACUACACCAAUGCGUGUGACAAUAACUUUGCCUCACCUAACAUCAAUGACUGCAACUACAAUAUGGCCUUUGAAAUCCUGAACCAUAUUUAUGGCGGCAACCUCGUGGACCCGGGUAGUGGCACCACUUUGAACGGGGAGGUAAGUUUUCAAGUUAUUUAA